ACACUCGUGGUAAAGUGCGAAGUUCAACCCCGGCGCAUGCGCACCUUGAAAGUGACGUAAUAACAAAACACCAAAAACAUGUCCAGUGGUUGGAAAAAGAUGUCUUCCUCCAGCCCCGUUCCCGAGAAGCCUGUGGACCAUGACCGACAGCGCUACCCUUACUGUAUAGUGUGGACCCCUCUUCCCGUCAUUACGUGGCUCAUACCGAUCAUUGGCCACAUGGGGAUAUGUACCAGUGCUGGAGUCAUCAGGGACUUUGCUGGACCUUACUUUGUCUCGGAGGACAACAUGGCUUUUGGGAGGCCCACAAUGUACUGGCAACUGAGUCCCUCCAAGGCAGAGAGCAGUACGUGGGAUGAUUCUGUCCACCAGGCCUCAGAGGAAUAUGGACAUAGAAUGCACAACUUGUGCUGUGACAACUGCCACUCGCACGUGGCCAGGGCCCUCAACCUCAUGCGCUACAACGGGUCCUCCUCAUGGAACAUGUUCAAACUGGGGCUCCUUGUCAUCCUCUACGGGAAAUUCACUGGAGUUGGUGGAUUCCUCAAGACGUGGCUACCAUUCAUGAUACUAUGUCUUCUGAUCGUCAUAGUGGUAGUUCUGGCUACUGUCGUCCCUCGUGCAGAGUAAACCUUGCCCCCUUCUCACCUACAAACAAUUGUGACAUUAUUUCAACGAUAUUCUGUUUGUAUGCUGUCGUCGUAUGAUGUGUGUGUCUUUAAAUUAAUAUUGCAGUAUGUUGGUCCCUGAAUUAUGAAAAAAUUCCACAUCAAGAUGCCUAGGUGGGCUCGCUAAUUAUCGUGUUAGUUCGAUUAUGACAUAAUUAUUCAAAAUGUUUUAUGUACAUGCCAUUCAUUGCUUGGCAGAAUGCAACCAAAGGUGAAUGACAUCAACAUUUUAAAACCAGCCGCGGACACAAAUGUGUCC